AGGCUUACAAUUCGAUUCAACAUGAGCCGUUGGUUGAUGGUAGUGUGUAUUUUGGGUGUUUUUUCCAGCACAGUGCAUGGUACCUAUCCGGCACUUACUAUUGCUGGAAAUAUAGUGCAGUCCCUUAGCAAUGGACUUAAAACAGUCUCGACAGCCUUGGGCAAUUACAAUACCGCUGUUGUCAAGGCGCACGAUUCCAUAUUAAAUGCAGCGAAGAACCUGGUGGCCAACAUAAAUGGAACCUAUCUGUCGCUGAACAAAACAUACGCCGCUUCGUACAACACGCAGCUUCAGUCAGCCUUUGCAUCUUUGAGCACGAUAAACAAUUCCAUCACUUCGUUUGACUCACAGAUGUCAUCGUACAUCAAUCAGCAGAUUCAGGCAAUGUCGAAUCAAUACAAGAGCUAUCUAUCUAACUUGCUAACCUACACUUAUUCCCUGCCGUCGGGUUAUAUGAGCGCAAAAGGAGAGGCAUGCUUACUGGCCAAUGCCAGUCAACUGCAAGCGGCCAACGUUUCCCUAGAAAGAUAUGCAACCUGCCUAGUCAACCAAACUGCUUAUGUUGCCACGCUCACUCCAAUUGCAGUCAACUUCCUGUCCUAUGGCCAAGUCAAUUACAAUCUUCUUGCUAAGCAGAUCGCCAUUUGUUCCACAGCAGGACCAAAUUAUUGCUACUUGACGUUUAUGAACUCAUUAAUCGGAGAGGUUUAUACGAUGACGUCGGAAAUGUCUCUUACUACAGCAUUUCUUAACAGCGUCAGCAACGUUGUGAUCAACUGGACAACAUUAUGUGGACAAUUCAUAACGACUGAUAUCAAUGAAACUCUGGCACGAAUUCAGAGUGCCUUGAAUAAUUGCCAAAGUGUUUGAUAUGCUUAGAGUGAAUGUUUUUAUCUUAAUUAAUUUGAAGGAAAUUCA